UAUACCCCCACCACCUACUAAUCAACUCUCCAUUUUACUCUGAAGACCUCGAAACACACGACCAUCUCUCCGUCGCCUUCAUAGCGUCUUAAUCGUUAUCAUGGCAAUGACGGCAACAUCGGCGGUUCCAUCAGCUGGAUCUGUAAAACACGAUGAUGAGUGGCGUGCGGUUUUGUCUCCUGAGCAAUUUAGAGUUCUCAGGGAAAAGGGCACAGAGCCACGAGGCAAAGGAGAGUACACAAAAUUAUUCGACGAAGGAACCUAUUCGUGUGCUGGUUGCGCAACUCCUCUUUAUAAGUCCACCACCAAGUUCGACUCUGGUUGUGGCUGGCCUGCCUUCUUCGACGCUAUUCCCGGUGCUAUUAAACAAACUCCGGAGGCAGAUGGGAGAAGAAUGGAAAUCACAUGCGCAAAAUGUGAUGGGCAUUUAGGUCAUGUUUUCAAAGGAGAAGGUUUUCCAACGGCGACCAAUGAGCGUCACUGCGUCAACAGUGUUUCUCUCAAGUUUUCUUCCGAAACUUCUUCCUGAUAAAUCAAUAUAGUCUCCAUAUAUUGUUUGGACCAAUUCAUAUCCUUCAGGAAAAUUCAAAAAUCGUGUCUGCUCGUUUGAUAUUGUUAUGUUCCUACUUCCUAGUCAUGUGUGUUGCUCCCGUGAUUGUUGCUGUCCUUUGUAUGCUCUUUCUUUAUUAUUGUAUUUUCUGUUUCGCUUAUGCAACUAUGCAAGUCCUAUAUAAUAAAGUUUGGCUUUCUUUAAUCA